ACCUCAACUGAUCUCACUAAGACUUAGCUGUUUAUCGCCCAUAUCCUACUGGUACAGUGGACCACCUGGGAUCAACACAGUGAACACCGCAGCCGGUUCCAGCCACAGAAACUGUCGCGAAAACUUCGACUGUCAUCGCUGACAUCAUGCCCAAGCAGAUCACUGAGAUUCGCCAGUUCUUGCAGAUCGCCCGACGCAAGGAUGCCAGAUCCGUGAAGAUCAAGAAGAACGGAACCCAGACCAAGUUCAAGAUCAGGUGCAGCAGGUACUUGUACACCCUCAUCAUGACUGACAAGGGCAAGGCUGAAACUAGGUUCAAACAAUGA